AUGGAAACAAAGUGUAACAGGAAUAAGGUGGAAAGUAUUAGAAAUAAACUUGGCUACCAACACAGUUUUGUUAUUGAGAGCAGGGGUUUAAGUGGUGGGAUUUGUUUCUUGUGGAAAGAUCAAGUGGAGGUGGAGUUAUUGACUUAUACACAGCAUCAUAUCUCAUUAAAGGUGUCUGAUGAGGGUGAACAAAGUCCUUAUUUACUAACAGGAUUUUAUGGAUUUCCUGAUGCUGCUCGAAGGGCUGCUAGUUGGGAGCUUCUCAGGGCCAUAAAGCCUUCUGUUAAUUUGCCCUGGAUUUGUAUAGGGGAUUUUAAUGAAAUCAUCCAUAGUUAUGAAAAAUUUGGUGCAGCAGACAGGCCUUUCAGAAUGAUGGAGGAUUUCAGAACUGCAAUGGAAGAUUGUGCUUUGAGGGAAGUUCCAUUCCAAGGUGAUUUCUUCACGUGGAGUAAUAAAAGGGAAGGGAAUUCUUUUACUAAAGAAAAACUGGAUAGGGCAUUGGGUAAUCAAGCUUGGUUUGAUUUUUUUCCUGAAUGCUCUAUAUCAACUCUUGCAGCUCAAUGCUCAGAUCAUGCACCUAUUCUCCUUUUAUUGAGUAGUGAAAAUUUAACUAGAGCUUCUGGUUCAAGGCCAUUCAGAUAUGAAGCCAGAUGGUUUUUAAGGGAUGGCUGUGAGGAAGUGAUUAAAAGAGCAUGGGGCAACACAUUACUUCAGCAUUCAAGGAUAAAAGAAUCUAUGCAAGGCUUGAAAAGAUGCAGUGAGGAACUGUCCCAAUGGCGUAAGACUACUAGCCAAAGUACUAAGCAUGUGAUACAGUCCAAAAGAAACCAAAUUAAACAGUUGCAAAGUACUAAUAGAGGAGACAGAAAUUCAGAGAUUUAUCAACUCAAGAGGGAAGUUGACACAUUAAUGGAAAAAGAGGACUUAAGAUGGAAGCAAAGGGCAAAGCAACAGUGGCUGAAAGAGGGGGACAGAAAUACUAAAUUUUUUCACAAAUGUGCUUCCCAACGAAGGAAAGUCAACUCUAUCAAAAGAAUAACAGAUGAUGAGGGGCGUAUAAUUGAAAAUCCAUAG